UAUUAUUCUACUGUCAAUUUAAUUAUCUGUAUUUUACAUCACUUAUACUGUAAUCUGUGCAUUCUUUUUAUUAUUGUAAUUGAUUGUAUUUAUUUUUACGAUUUUCUGAUAGUUUUUUUUUGUUUUUUCAUUAAUUCAUGAGUGUAAUAGUUAAAAAUGGAUAGUAUCACCGCUAUUUGUCGGACGUGUCUCAGUAAAGACCGUACGCUGUUCCCGCUUCUUCAACUCCGUACUACGAUAUUGGAUAUUAAUUUAAAUCAGUGAUUUCAGCUGACAGAUCUGAAUGGCGGAGUGUGCUGGGAAUGUCGCAGUAUGUUAAGAAAGUUCCAAAAAUUUAAAUCACAAGUGCAUAAAGCACAACAGCUUUUAAAUAAUGCUAGACACAUACAAGACUUGAGCUCCUUAAGUAGACUUCAAACAAAAUUUUUAAAAAAUUAUGACUGUCGUCUAAAAUAUGAUCCACUGACAAUCUCAGAUGAAAUGUCCGAAAUAACAAUUAAAAAAGAAGAGUUCCCUAUCGAAGAUAAUGAUGAACCAUAUAGCAUCAAGAGUGAUGAUGACAAUGAAGUUGGAAAUGGUAUAAGAAAUGAAAGAAAAGAGACUAAAACUAGAAACAAAAAUGUACAUGAAAAACAGAAUGAUUUUUGUGCUGUGAUGUUUAAGGAAAAAAAUAUUUUAAAAACAAACAUUAAAAAGAAAAGAGGCUCAAGAAAGAAAGUCUUAUGUGAUAAUAAAAAAAUAAAUAUAAAUAAUUCCCAAGCCGAUGAUAAUAUAGGUGAAUCAUUUAAAAACCUUCAUCAAAAGACAGGAAUUAGUACAAUAAAAGAUGAGAUAAAAGAUGUAGAUGGAGCUGAACUAUAUAAAGAAGCAAAUAAAUUAUUACAUAGAAGGAGCAUAGACAAAAUAAACGAAACCACAGACUCAGAUGACGAUGGUAAUGUCAUAGAGAAAUUCUCCACUAUUGUUUUCAGUGAAGAAGAGAUGUUAAGAAAUAGAGAAGAAAAGAGAAUGCAGCCUAAUUUUAAGAAGAUACAGUACAAAUGUGAUAUGUGCGUGUUAGGAUUUUUAAAGAAAGAGAAUUAUGAUCUUCACAUGAUGAAGAAGCAUGAUGAGAGUGUAGGAGAGCACGAAUGCGACAUAUGCAGAGUGCGGUACACCAACAAAUUAGAAGUGGCACGUCACAGGAGUAAACACUACAUGUGUUACAGAUGUAAACUGUGCAAGUACGAGACUGGACAGGUCUGGGCGGUGGUCAACCACUGCCGGUCGAGACACCGUCGCGACACCAAGGACAGGAUACACUGUACACAGUGUGACGUCAUCGCUACAACACCAGAGGACUUGGCUGAGCAUAUUAAGACCAAACACACGCUCCGGUGCGACGAGUGCGGCGGCAGGUUCAAAGGGAAACAUACGUUACGAACGCACAAGGUUCGCAUCCACGCGGUGAAACGGGAGUUUAUCUGUGAUAUAUGUACAAAGACGUUCACAAAGAAGUCGAGGCUCGAGUCGCACAUGGUGACCCAUGACAGCGCGUUGGCCAAACAGCUGGCUUACUGCGCAACGUGUAAAAUACAAUAUAAGAACAUAUACAUAUAUAGAGGACACCUGAGGAACAGCACCAACCAUUCGGAGAGGAAUUACGCUUGUGCUGAGUGCAACAAGAAGUUUUCAUCUCGCGCUUAUUGGAUACAGCAUUAUAAUUUUUACCAUCUACAGAAGUCGCAGUUCGUGUGCCAGCAGUGUGAUAAGCUUUUCAUAUCCGAUUGGAGAUUGAAAAACCAUAAACAAAAAUACCAUGGACUAGACAGGCCUAGAGACCAUCAGUGUAACGAGUGUGGGAAAAAAUUCUUUACGCUGGCAACACUGCGCAGCCACCAGCUGACACAUUCCGAACAGCGCACGUACAUGUGUGAAGACUGCGGGGACACGUUCAAACAGCGUGCCGCCCUUUACACACAUACAAGGCUCGUCCACCAGGGGGUGAAGCGGAAGAAGCAAUAGCAUUGCUGUCAUAUGGAGUUUUUUAAUGGAUGAUAAUGGAAUGGAUUGUUAGUAAUGGAGAGGUUAGUCCUCAUUACCAUCAGUAUACCCUAUCAGGUCGAUCUCCACGCGGUUCCCCCUGGAAACUAUCGUGACAAAUUUACCAAUGAAUUAAUCACUGUGGUUUCCAGGGGGAAUCGCGUGGAGGUCGACCUGAUAGGGUAUAUUGCUAGCAAUGGGGCUACUUAAUCCCAUUACUAACAAUCCCUUUUCCCCCUGUCAUAUGGGGUAAAUACAUGAAUAUGGAAUGGUAACUCCGCCGGCGCUGUCAGUAUAUAUUGAUGGGGCACCAGUGAGGGUAUUAAGGUUUUUUUUUUAUAUUUAUGAUAAUGGAAUGUUAACCUUACCCGCGCUAUCGGUAUACACUGGCGGGGCACCAGUGAAGGAUGAUAGGUGAGGACGAAGUAGGUCAGUUGGCCCAUCGUGACGAAUUCAACAAGAAUUGUUCACCAUGGUUUCCAGGGGGAACCACGUGGAGGUCGACCUAAUAAGAUAUACUGCUAGCAAUGGGGCUGUCAAACUCCAUUGCUAACAAUCCUUUUCCCCCUGGUACUAAGGUAUUAGUCACUUUGGUAUGCGUUGAUAGUCAGGUUCCCAUCAGGUUGGCCGUCAGCUUAUUUGCCAUUCCAAGUUACAUGUAAAACGUGCAUAUAAUGAAAUGACUGAAUUGGUUCAACAGAAAAAGAAAUUGUCUUAAUAAAAAUAUUAUUAAAAUU